CCCGUAUCACCCACUUCUUGUUUUCCUUCUCUUUUGGAUUUGAGCCGCCGGCGUAUUCACAGCGAUGGCCAAGGUAAAAGCACGCGAGCUUCGUGGCAAGAAGAAAGAAGACUUGGUCAAGCAGUUGGAAGACCUCAAGCAAGAGCUUGCCGCCCUCCGAGUUGCCAAAGUCACCGGCGGCGCAGCUUCCAAGCUGUCCAAGAUCCGUGUGGUGCGCAAGUCCAUUGCCCGGGUGCUGACGGUCAUCCACCAGACGCAGAAGGAGAACCUGCGCAAGUUCUACCGGGGCAAGAAACACAAGCCCAAGGACCUGCGUCCCAAGCUGACGAGGGCCAAGCGCAGGGAGCUCACCCCCCACGAGAAGGCGCUGCGGACGCGCAAGGAGCUCCGCAGGAUGGCCGCCUACCCACACCGGAAGUUUGCCCUCAAGCUCUGAGGGGUCGACCGCCCCCCACAUCCACGUGUACAGAAGAGGGACGUGCCAGGAAUAAAUUGGCUUCCCCACUCAU